GAACCGCUUGGGGCCGACGGCGGGGUCUCGGCUGCAGGAGGAGGAAGAUGGCGCCGCGGCGGUUCGGGUCCGGGCUGCGCGGGCUCCUCGUGCCGCUGCCGCUGCUGCUCCUGCUGCUCGUGCCCUGGCCGGCUGCGGGCCACGGCGGCAAGUACUCGCGGGAGAGGAACGAGCCCGAGUGGCCCCCGAAGCGCGAGCCCGGCGGGGAGUUCCGCAUGGAGAAGCUGAACCAGCUGUGGGAGAAGGCCCAGCGGCUGCAGCUUUCUCCCGUGGAACUGUCCGAGCUCCAUGCUGACCUGAAGAUACAGGAAAGAGACGAAUUCAGCUGGAAGAAGCUGAAGGCCGAAGGCUUGGACGAAGACGGGGAGGAAGAGGCGAAGCUCAGACGCAGUCUCAGUGUCAUCCUGGCCAAGUACGGUCUGGACGGGAGGAAGGACGCCCGGGCGGUCAGUGGCAAUUCUCUCGGUGGCGGCAUGGAGCAGGACAGCCUGGAGGACCCCCGGCUGGAGAAGCUGUGGCACAAGGCGAAGACCUCUGGGAAGUUCUCCAGGGACGAGCUGGACAAGCUGUGGCGAGAGUUCCAGCACCACAGGGAGAAAGUCCGCGAGUAUGACGCCAUGCUGGAGGCCCUGAGCAGAACCGAAGACAUCCAGGAGAAUGUCAUCGACCCGGCCGGCGGGGACGUCGUGCGUGAGGAGGUGCUACGCGGCAGGCACGCGGAGCUCAAGGGCAGGCUGCGCGGCAUCAGCCAGGGCUUCGACCGCCUGCGCAGGGUCAGCCACCAGGGCUACGGCGCCGGAGCCGAGUUCGAGGAGCCCCGUGUGAUUGACCUGUGGGACCUGGCCCAGUCGGCCAACCUCACCGAGGAGGAGCUGGCGUCGCUCCGGGAGGAGCUGAAGCACUUUGAAGUCAAAAUUGAAAAACAUAACCACUACCAGAAGCAGCUGGAAAUUUCUCAUCAAAAACUGAAACACGUGGAGAGGUUUGGCGACCACGAGCACGUGGGCCGGAACAGGGAGCGCUACGCCGCGCUGGAGGAGAAGACCAAGGAGCUGGGCUACAAGGUGAAGAAGCACUUACAGGACCUGUCCAGCCGGAUCUCGAGAGCUCGUCACAAUGAACUGUGACGGGGUUGCGGGACGUCCCUGAAGACGGGCUGGGUGCUCUGGGGUGGUGUCUCCACGAACAGAACCUCGGGAAGGCGUUACGGGCUCAAUGGGACGGAAUGGCCUCAGGUGCCACAGGCGCCCGGUGGGGGGCCCGUGCGAUCACACUGCAGCUGGCCCCCCCGAGAAAAGCUGGUGUCCCCGGGGCAGGACUGCUGCCUCCAGCUGCCCCUGGAGAGACGGUCCUCUGUGCUGUGGUGUCGCAGUGUGCGUCAGGAUCUUGUAAAGCUGCUACUGGAGGUAGCGGAGACAGAAGCCUGUUGAACAAUUGCAGUAUUUAAUUAGUCUGUGACCUGACACGCAACGCCUCUGUCUCUGUCUCGCUGUCCGCGUCUGUGCCCCCGGUGACUUUAGUCCCAGGCGUGGUGAGCGGCUCUGGGUCACUGCCAACCUUAAGGUGUCCCCACCCCCACCCCGUUGCACGAGAUGGAGGGAAAGUCGAUGGCUCCCUGGCCGGGCCGAGCGUGGUGGGCGAGUCUCCGGUUGUGUCACUAGUGGGGUCCUCUGUUGUGGACUCGUGUCCUGGCACACGGAUGUCACCUCCUCAUGAACACAAGUUCCAGCUCUG